GAGAAGUUGUAUUUUUACACCUUGGUAACUCGGUGGUUGGUACAGUGUGACCUGUAUCAGUCCGGGAAUCGAUCCCUGAUCAGGUUUACCCCGGGCUGCUUCCACUCGCCUGCGCCUCUACGUUUGUUUUGACGUUGGGGAGAAAGAUGCUGCGCGGGAGGGCGGCUGUGAGCCGGUCUUUGAGGGGGUUCAAAACGUUCCCUCGGGCAGCGGUGGAGGUGAAGAACGAGCCGAUCCUCGGGUUCGCAGAGGGCAGCGCCGAAAGAAAAGCGCUGCUGAAGGCCCUGGCCGGUCUGAAGGGGACGACGGAGGAGAUCCCGUGCGUGGUCGGAGACGAACACGUGUGGACCAAGGACGUCAGAUAUCAGCUUUCUCCGUUCAAUCACUCCCAUAAAGUGGCAAAGUUCUGCUAUGCUGACAAGGCGCUGAUCAACAGAGCCAUCCUGGCGUCCGUGGCGGCGAGGAGAGAGUGGGACCUGAAGCCCGUCCAGGACCGAGCCCAGGUCCUCUUCAAGGCCGCCGACGUCAUCAGCGGACCCAAGAGAGCAGAGGUGCUCGCCAAGACCAUGAUCGGCCAGGGUAAGACGGUGGUGCAGGCGGAGAUCGACGCCGCUGCGGAGCUCAUCGACUUCUUCAGAUUUAACGCCAAACACGCCGUGGAGCUGCAGGACCAGCAGCCGCUGGACGCCGAGGGCAGCACCAACACCAUGCUGUACCGAGGCCUGGAGGGCUUUGUAGCGGCCGUGGCCCCUUUUAACUUCACUGCUAUUGGUGGAAACCUGGCGGGAACGCCAGCUCUGAUGGGUAACGUGGUGCUGUGGAAGCCCAGCGACACCGCCAUGUCCGCCAGCUACGCCGUCUACAAGGUGCUGAGGGAGUGCGGCCUGCCGCCCAACAUCGUCCAGUUCCUCCCGGCGGACGGCCCCGUGUUCGGAGACGCAAUCACGUCCUCUGAGCACCUGGCGGGCGUCAACUUCACCGGCAGCGUCCCGACAUUCAGGCAUCUCUGGAAGCAGGUCGCUCAGAACCUGGACUCCUACAGGAACUUCCCUCGCCUGGCAGGAGAGUGCGGCGGGAAGAACUUCCACUUCGUGCACACGUCGGCGCAUGUGGAGAGCGUGGUGAAGGGAACCGUCCGCUCGGCCUUCGAGUACGGAGGUCAGAAGUGUUCGGCCUGCUCCAGGAUGUACGUACCGGACAGCUUGUGGCCGCAGAUCAGGGAUCAGCUGCUGGACAUCCACCGGCAGCUCAAAGUGGGAGACCCCGUCGAAGACUUCAGCACCUUCUUCUCGGCCGUGAUCGACAACAAGUCGUUUGCUCGGAUUAAGAAGUGGCUCGACCGCGCCAAGGCCUCCUCCACUCUGAAAGUCCUCGCCGGCGGUAACUAUGACGACAGCAAGGGUUACUUUGUGGAGCCGACCAUCAUCGAGACCACGGACCCGCGGGACGCCAUCAUGAGCGAGGAGAUCUUCGGUCCUGUUCUCGCGGUUUAUGUGUAUCCGGAGAAGAACUACAAAGAGGUGCUGCAGCUGAUUGACAGCACGUCCCCCUACGCUCUGACAGGAGCCGUGUUCGCUCAGGACAAGAAUGUGAUCGACGAGGCCGCUAAAGUCUUGAGAAACGCUGCGGGGAACUACUACGUCAACGAUAAAUCCACCGGAUCCAUCGUCGCUCAGCAGCCGUUCGGGGGCGCCAGAGCUUCAGGAACCAACGACAAACCCGGAGGUCAACACUACGUCCUGAGGUGGACGUCUCCGCAGGUGGUGAAGCAGACCUACGCCCCCCUCACAGACUGGAAGUACCCCUACAUGGGCUGAGUGGGCGGGGCCGGUCUGAGGCCCCUCCCCCACAACAACAAGGGGACUUCCUGUGAGACGCGUGGAGCGGAUUGAACAACAGAGUGUCUGAGGAGUCUUCGUCCGUCCAUCCGGAGCUCCUGCUUUGUUGGUUAAUUGCCGUCCAAUGAUGUUUGUGAGACAAAGUGUCUCCUCAUGAAUACACAUAUUUGCCCAACGCAAAUUUGUGUUUUACUAAUUUAAAAUCAUAUUUUUGCUGAUGGAUAAAUAAUAAUCCAUCUUUUGAAUUAUAAAUACUAUAAAUGAUUUACUUUUCUACCAAAACAAACCAGAUGUCUUUGUGUUGAACUGUUGGUCCAAAACAUUUGAAAAUCGAAUAAUUGAACUCUUGAUAAUUAGAAUCUAGAUAACUGUUGCAUCCCCAAUGACAUUUAGGUCACUAACUGAACAUAACAGGUUUUACUUUGUUGUGUCUCAUAUUUGUUGCUGUAAUCUAACUAAUGUUAGCGGGUGGGAAACACUUUGUUUGUCCAACUUUUGUUUGUUUGAUUUUUGUGCUGCAGCCAAAUGUGACAACGAGUCAACAAGCUGGAUCAUUAAAGAAAUGUUCAAUUUAAUUCAACAGCUGAGGAAGUGUCUUAGAAGAUUUAAUGCAGAUGACUUACAUAUAUAUAUAUAAGCUGCUGUGAUUUUCACUGUUACAUGAAAUGUCACUUUGCACUUUUACAGUGCUGAAAAAGUUUUCAAUUUAAUGGUUUGUCUUUUAUCAAACUAUGAAUAAAAAAAGAUUGUCCAGAAUAAUUCUAUUAACAGAACGCGCCUGCCUUCGAAAAAGUGAAAUGGGAUAGUUAGUUUUAACAAUAAAUAUGAAAUUACUA